GGUGCAGGAACAGAGAUCCUGAUAAGAGAGAGAGGACGGAAAGAGAGAUAAAGUUAAAGAAAUUAAAUAGCACCAAUUUCACCGAGAAACCCUCUCUCUCUCUCUUCAUCUCGUUUCUUGUUCCUUCAAAGUUCAAACCUUCAAAACCCUCUCUUCAGUUUUCCCCUUCCCUCUCCCUUGUUCCUCUUCUUUACAGGUAACUUAAACUAUAAUAAUUAAUUAGCGACCAAAUAAAAUAAAAAAGUAAACUUUCACGUUCUUUCCCCUUUAACACAGUUGAGCUCUGGUUCAGUUUGUCGUAGAAAUGGAGGUAGCUGUGGCCAAAGCGUUGAAACCGAGUUUAAGGAGGGAGUUCAUCGUUCAGCAAACGCACUGCGAGGAUUUUUUUUGCCUCAACGCCAACAACGUUGCCGGCGGCGACGAUUUCUUCGUCGACGACCUAUUUGACUUUUCAGACGGCUCUCUUCACCACGAACCACAAGAAUACGUGGAAGAAAAAAAGAGUUUAUCGGCCUCGUCGCAGUCAAAGGACCGUGGAGAAGACGAUAGCAACUCUAAUUCCACCGGAGUUUCUUAUGACUCACUUUUCUCCGCCGAACUCGCCGUUCCGGCCGGUGAUUUGGAGGACCUAGAGUGGGUUUCACACUUUGUUGACGAUUCUCUCCCGGAGCUGUCUCUUUUAUACCCGGUUCGUCCGGAGGAGGUGAACCGGCGAGUCGAACCGGAACCCUCAGCGAAGAAAACGCCUCGUUUUCCGUGUGAAAUGAAGAUAGCGACCAAGACGAGAACGGUAAGGAAUAGAAAACCCAACGCUCGCGUGUGGUCGUUGGGCCCGUUGCUCUCCCUCCCGUCCUCGCCGUCUUCGUGCUCUUCUUCCGCGACGGAGCCGCCCGCGAAGAAGCAGAAGAAGCGGGCCGAGGCCCAGCCCGUUGGGGCCCAGGUUCAGCGGCGGUGCAGUCACUGUCAGGUGCAGAAGACGCCGCAGUGGAGGACGGGCCCACUGGGCGCAAAAACCCUCUGCAACGCGUGCGGGGUCCGCUACAAAUCGGGUCGGCUUUUUUCGGAGUACAGACCGGCCUGUAGCCCAACCUUCUGCAGCGAUAUUCACUCCAAUAGCCACCGGAAAGUGUUGGAGAUUCGCAAGAAGAAAGGGGUGUCUGGGCCGGACACCGGUCCGGCCCAUCCCCAGGCCCAAAUGGUUCCCACCUGCUGAUAUUUUUAGACUAGGAAGAGACAUGGCAGAUUAGGUAUACAGAAACCGGUUUGAACCGGUUUGAUUUUUUUUUUUUUGUAUGAUAUUUAUUUAGUGUUUUUUUCGUUAUAGUUAGUGGUAGGGCUUAGUUAGGUGAGGGAUAUUACUAUGAGAAAUAGGAAUUAGGCAUUGAUUGUUUGUAGCAGCGAUGUAUCCCAUUUUCCUUAGCAUCUUGAUUUUAUUUAAAGUUCAGUGAAUUGUGAAGAUAAACAAAGUUUUUUGUUUUAUUAUUA